AUGUCGGCUCUUCCAGACUCGCCCAGCUCAGAAUAUACCUUUGGGAGCGACGACCCCGCCGAUUACUGGGCAGAAGGGGACAGGCCUGAAUGCAACAUAUGCCGCGACUUUAACCCAAGAUACCUACAGCUUGAUGAUACUAGCAACAUCCAUUGCUACUCGAGCCUGUUGCGUUCAUCAAGGGACGGUUGCGUUACAUGCAAAAUGCUGGAGGAAAUCAUCACUGGCCUCUACAAAUUCGAGGACGCAUCUACCAUAGCCUUCAACUUCGCCGAUAACUACUUCGCGCUCUGGCCUAUGCGGGAUUCAAGCGUCCAUAUUGGGAGCAUAGGAUUGCACCAAGCAUCUGACGCUCCUUUUCCAUGGGGCUUAACAUGCAAAGAAAGAAUUUACCCCGAGAGUACAGCAUCACAGGCCAGCCACUCUUGGACCGAAGACCAGCUUCAGACUUGCCUUACUGAGCACCCGGGAUGUGGCGCUACCACAGAUGACCCUCUGUUGCCUACCAGAGUGGUUGACGUGGGAAUGAGGGGUAGCGAGACGAUAAAGAUCCUUGAAACAAAGGGUUUGCGAGCAAAAUACGUCACGCUCAGUCACCGUUGGGGAGACCCGACAUUGAUGCCCACCAAACUCACGGCACACACUCGAGCCCAAUAUCUACAGGGCAUCCCGUAUGAAGCGCUUCCACGCACUUUUCGAGAUGCUGUCACAGUAACAAGGAGUCUAAACAUUCGCUAUCUCUGGAUUGACUCGUUAUGCAUUAUCCAAAAUGAUGAUGGUAAAGAUACACCCCAGGAUGAGCAAAUACACCAAAAAGACUGGGAAAAUGAGGCUAGGAGAAUGUGCUCUGUGUAUCAGAAUUGCUAUCUGACGCUUGCGAGCUUGAAUUCCUCUGACUGCACGGGUGGUCUAUUCUUCAAGAGAGACAAGGUCCUGAUGGAGGGCGACAGUGACAAGGGCCGAUAUCACUUUGAGGCGUGUAGGAAAACCGUGCACUUCGCGACAUCUUUCCCGUUACUACGUCGUGGUUGGGUAAUGCAAGAAUCCCUUCUCUCGCCAAGGACGCUAUUCUACGGCAAAGAAGAGCUCCUCUGGCAAUGUAGGACUCACAAAGUCUGCCAAUGCGAGGGUUUCGAUCGCCUCAGGGGAGUGAGCACCGGUUUUCAGAAGUUGCCCUCGGCGGAAAAUGCUCGAGUCGACUUUACGCGCCCCAAGCUCAUCAAUACAUGGUACGACAUCAUCACGGAGUAUACCUCCACUUCCCUGACUCAUGUCACCGACAAGUUAGUUGCUAUCGAGGGCAUCGCCAAGUACAUGCAGCCCCUGAGGAACUCUGAGUGUCUGGCUGGGUUGUGGACUGACUCCCUUGCACUCGAUCUUCUUUGGAACAGUGAUGCUCACGAUUAUGGAGAUCACGAUUAUGGAGAACCUACGAGGACGAUCCAGGCCGAUCCCAAAGGCAAAACAAGGUGGAGCUCGGGGAAAUGGCUCUUCCCAACCUGGUCCUGGGCGUCUAUCCAAGGAGAUACAGGUUGGGAUUGGACCAGUUAUCUCAUCACGGAUUAUUCACCAGACACUAUUCUCAUUCAGCACAUUACUGACAGAUCCUCGCCACCCAACGAGUUAAGAUUGCGCGGUGUACUCGUUCCAAGCACACUUGGGGUGAUACGAAAAGUCCUCAACUCCAGAGAACUCUACUGCCCCGAUCUGAGAAACCAAAAGAACACUUUCGGUGCGGACAAGAGCGUAGAAUGCUUGCGAGUUAUUCAUUCAGGCAGGGACUACGUUUCUCUUGCUCUUGUGUGUGUAGACGAAGAGAAGAAGCAAUACGAGAGACUAGGGCUUCUUAUGUUUCGAUAUUCUGGACAUCCAUUCUGGAAAUGCCUUGAGGCAGAAACAGGAACAGAAGUGGAGGUACCAAAGUGGUGGGCACUUUCUGAAAAUUGGAAGGGGGAGGAGGUCGAGAUUACCUUGAUUUAG